UCUUCCCUGACCUCAAACUGCGGCGGUGGCAGCGGAAAAAAAGUAUCGGGGGAUCAGGGUUGUACGACGUGAACGGUGGGAGUGACAAGUGCAAAGUUGGUUACGUAAUUGAGAUGCGAUCGAAGUAGAAUUAACGAGAAUUCGGCAUGGAGUAGCGGCAACGAGAAGAGGAGAGGGAGGAGUCCUGCACGGGAGCGAGAGGCUUCUGGUGGGAAAUUCGAAUUCCGAAGAUGGAUAAGGUUGGAGCAGACUCGCCGAAGAGAGAAUGGACCCAGAGAUUGAGUCUGCGAGGGAGUCGACGAAGUCAUCAGGGAGAACUUCAAGGCUCCGUCGGCUACCGAACGACCGGUGGAACAUCAAAGACCACCAGGAGAUGGACGAGCCUUCGACAACACGUGACGCAAGGUGCGGCGACGGAUUGUUCGAAACCCGCGGUGGAAUUGCUGUUGCAGGAUCCCCCGAAUCAGUCGCGAUCGGGGACACCGGGAUCUCAACCGCACUCUCCGAACACCCCGAGAACACCUCGUACCCCGGUGAGGAAAUCAAACUGGGAGGUCAUAGAGCACUUCACCGGAGCGCCGCGACCUUCGAUCGUCACGGUUGGCCGAGGAUCCGAAGUCGGCGUGGGGCUCACGACGGGAAGAGAAGCGAUGAUGGAAGCUGCCGCGAAUGCCGGUUUGACGGAGCGCGGAUCUCGAUGUGCUUUGAGUCGAUUCCUCAGCACGCUCUGCGCCUCGCAUCGCUUCAAAAAUCUCCAGGUUGAAAUGCUCUACCAACGUUACUUCCUGCGCAUGAACCAGAGCAACAUGACCCACGUUUUGGGCUUACUCGCCGGCCUCGCUAUCGCUCUUGGUCUGCUACUCGUCCUUCGACUGUCCCUGAUAACGGCUGACCCAUUUUUGAACCUCGUCCAAGAGCCGCAACACCUCACAAUGGUUCUCACGCUCAUCGGAUGCCUCGCCGUUUACUCCGGACUCGUCGCUGCGAUUUCAAGGCCCGGGAUGAACGAAGUCUGGCUCGCUGGAAUCAGCGGCGCCGUUUUGGCGACGCUUUUGGCCCUGCAAGUCGCGUUGGGUCUACAUUUGGCGUAUCCCGAGAGUUUGACGGGAACGGGAACGGGAACGGGAACGGGAACGGGGACGGGAACGGGACAGGGAACGGGAACGGAAAUUAUUCCGAGCCUGGGUGGUCCCUUGGCCACGGGAUGGGCGGCUUGUUUCUUCAUUUACAUGGCCUAUGCACUCCUACCGAUAAGACUGAGGCACGCCUGCAUCGCUGGAAUUUUAUUCUCAAUAUCGCACUUCAUCUGCGUACUUAUUUUAUACCGACACGAGUACCCGGCAUUCGUUGCUCAGCUUUUCAGCUCUCUGGUCGUCGUCGGUGGCACCAAUGUCGCCGGCGCGCUGACUCAUCAUCCUCGCGAACUGGCUCAGAGACAAGCUUUCCUCGAGACGAGGCAAUGCGUCGAGGCUCGCCUAACUACACAGAGGGAGAACCAACAGCAGGAAAGACUCCUCCUCAGCGUUCUACCGAGACACGUAGCCAUGGAGAUGAAGGCCGACAUAGCCGGCAAACCGAAAGAUACGAUGUUUCACAAAAUCUACAUUCAGAGACACGAAAACGUCAGCAUUUUGUUCGCGGACAUCUGCGGAUUCACCUCAUUGUCCGACCAGUGCACCGCCGAGGAAUUGGUCAGGCUUUUGAACGAGCUUUUUGCCAGCUGGUGUAACCUUUUACACUAUCGAUAUAACAACCCCGAUCCCUCGUAAUAAGAGCGAUUCAACGAAGGGGUGGCUGUCGGAAAAUCAGACGUCUAAGUGCAUCGAAUAAGUCUACGGUUUUUUUCUGCCCUCGAGUAAAGACAUAGAAUGGGAUCUCGUUUCAAGUUAAUUUUCAUCGCUUUCCUGUCAUUUGGAAUAAAGUUCCUUUUCGUUUA